UCGCUCUCAGCUCACUCUCAMCUCACUGUCAUCCUACGCGCUGCAAAACUUACUUCGGUAUCAAGUUUGUUGAGGAAAGUUUGAACGGGAUUGCCAAAUGCCACUCGCAUUGCAAGAUCCGUGGCAAAAGCUCCACAUAGCUGAAGAUUUAGAGUCCCAGGAUGAAGAAAUGUCGGAGGAAAAUCGCAAUGGGCCCGAUGAUGAAGCCUCGAUCAUCGACAUUAGUAGAGAAUUGAAGAAUUCCAAAGGUAUUUUAAAGUCGAACCCCUCGGAGUUUGAACUAUUGAAAGUUCUAGGACAAGGCUCCUUUGGAAAGGUUUUUCUUGUACGAAAGUUCGUCGGGGCUGACGCAGGAACGUUGUACGCAAUGAAAGUACUCAAAAAGGCCACUCUUAAAGUGCGGGAUCGUGUAAGAACUAAGAAGGAAAGAGAUAUCUUGGUAGAUGUGCAGCAUCCAUUUAUCGUCCGUCUACAUUACGCUUUUCAAACAGAAGGGAAGGUUUACCUUAUACUGGAUUUUCUCCGUGGAGGAGACUUGUUUACAAGACUCUCCAAAGAGAUUAUGUUCACUGAAGAAGAUGUAAAGUUUUAUUUGGCUGAGUUGGCUCUUGCUUUGGAUCACCUUCAUAAAAUAGGCAUUAUUUAUAGAGAUUUGAAACCAGAAAAUAUUCUGCUAGAUGCAAAUGGUCACAUAGCAAUCACAGAUUUUGGUCUAUCAAAGGAAAGUGAACAAGAUCAAAAGACGUACUCUUUUUGUGGUACAGUAGAAUAUAUGGCUCCAGAGGUAGUUAAUCGUAGAGGGCAUAGCCARGCUGCAGACUGGUGGUCGUAUGGUGUUUUGAUGUAUGAAAUGUUGACAGGUUCAUUGCCAUUCCAAGGAAAGGACAGAAAGGACACAAUGACAAUGAUUCUGAAAACUUUACAAAAGGGAAAUCAAACCUCCAUUCAAGCCAGCUGCAGGAAGAGCUGACGAUGCAUUUUAUUUUGACCCAGAAUUCACAUCAAAGACCCCACAAGACUCACCAGCAAUCCCUCCAAGUGCAACAUGUCAUCAGUUAUUUAGAGGAUUCAGUUAYGUGGCUCCUGCUUUGGCUGAUGAAGAUGAAACAACACAGCAAAAAGCAGAAAAAAUGGAUGUAGAAAUGAAUAAGCCAAGGUCACAUCACUUCCCAGUACGAACAACGUCCAUCCUUGAAGAAUAUGACAUUAAACAGGAAGUUGGAAGAGGUUCMUAUUCRGUGUGUCGGCGAUGUAUUAACAARGCUGACGGCCAAGAAUAUGCAGUUAAAAUAAUUGAUAAAACAAAGAAAGACCCCAGCGAAGAGAUGGAGAUUCUUUUACGGUUUGGUCAUCAUUCAACAAUAAUACACCUCCGAGAUGUUUACGAUGACGGCAAGUGUGUAUUCAUGGUCAUGGAGCUAAUGCGUGGAGGUGAACUACUUGACAGAAUACUCAARCACAAGUGUCUAUCUGAAAGAGAAGCAGCAAAUAUCAUGUACACUCUAGCAUCAACCAUUGCCUUCUUACAUGAAGARGGGGUUGUCCAUCGCGAUCUCAAACCCAGUAAUAUAAUGUAUGCAGACAACAGUGGCACACCRGAAUCAUUACGAAUAGUAGACUUUGGUUUUGCAAAGCAGAUGCGUGCAACAAAUGGACUUCUUAUGACACCUUGUUACACUGCUAACUUUGUGGCCCCYGAGGUACUWAAAAARCAAGGMUAUGAUGCAGCSUGUGAUAUAUGGAGCCUUGGGGUACUUCUGUACACAAUGCUUUCUGGACUGACACCAUUUGCUGUCGGACCAGAGGAUCAACCUUCAACUAUCUUAGCACGUAUUGGUGAAGGGACAUAUUCACUGGCUGGUGGGCCCUGGGACCAAGCUUCAGACUUGUCCAAGGAUCUUGUCAGACAAAUGUUACAUGUCAAUCCAAGGCUUCGAUUAACAGCAAAGCAGGUAUUGCAGCAUCCAUGGGUUGUUAGUCGACACCAUCUAUCCAAUGACAGAUUACAUCAUGUUAGCAGUGUAUCAAAGAUCAAGGACGCAGUUAAAGCAACGUUCUCAGCACUUCACUCAUCCCCAGACCACAAUCGUCGCCUUAAACCCGUUCAAACAUCUCUGCUUGCACAAAGACGUACAAAGAAGGGCCAAAGAGCAUAAAUACACAAGUUUCCCUACCGGGCUUCCUGUGUCUACAAUUCUACAUCAAAGUACAUGUAUCUCUAAUACGAUUUCAGGUUUAGAGCUCUCAUUGUAAGAUAUUGUGCAUUAAGAAUUCCCUAACGAAGUCAUUUUGAAUACACCGACUUACAAAAGGUUGAGACAGAUAAAGAGAAACGUAUAGUGUUUAUUAACAAAUUAUUGGUGACUAAUCCAUUGACCAUUGAUGACAUAGAACUAUUGUAAUGCAACAAUGUUAUUGGUCACGAAAGCCAGUUGUCACCAAUUAUWUAUUAAUAAUAUACAAAUUCUUUAAUCUACGAAAGUGUUUUUUCAGUUUUCUUUGACAUACUUCUGCAAAAGGUGUAUUCCAUCUUAUAAAAUAUACGUAUAGAGGGUUGGGUUUUUCAGAAAUAUUUGAUAAUAAUUAAUGCGUGUUKGUGAUAGGGGGCGUGGGGGAGUCUUAGUCUUGAUUAAUCGAGUUCACUUGCAUUACAACUUAUGUGAAGAAAUUCACGAAUUUAGUUGUCGGUGCACACUUCUUUAAUGCUCGAACUGUGCCUCCUUCAAACAGUGCACAAUUUCAUUAGUAUAGUUUAACUGACAAUCSAAACAUGUAUAAGCAAUGCUUUGGCUCGUGAAUUUCUUCACAUUUCUUUAAUAGUGAAAUUCAGGUAAAAUCGUAAUGUUUGUGAUGUCAGUCCAAUAACKUAUUAUAAAUGCCUUUGCCGUAACGUCAUCAGUCAAUAAUUUUCUACAAAUCUUUUCWGCAAAAAUAUUUUUCUAUGUCAAUAUAUACAGACUUUGAUACUUUCAUUGUUAUAUAAUUCUUUUUCAUGUUUUCGGUUCUUUCUUUUCAAAUACUGUUAAGGUUCUUUGUAAAUUUGUGCUUUUAUUCUGAGGAAUUGAAAGGAAAAUCGAGAGUUYAUUUGAAAGAGCAAUCUAGUUAAAAUCUAGAGAACAAAUGCCAUUUUUAUUGCAGUAGUUUCGUAGUAGUUUGGGAACUAGUCAAAAUGACCCAGGAUUUCUCUCUAUGGGUUUGAGGCGAAUAGCGUGGGUAAGAGUAAAACAGUUUAGUCUUUGGGGAAAAGCACAUAUGUAAAUGCAAAAGAAACUUUAAAUUAAUAAUUCAAUUGAAUUGAAUGUAUUCUCAGAAUCGAGAAUUUGUCCAAAGCUUAACCUUCAUAUAAAAAAUACAUGAAAACUCCAUGCCAAAUCUUAUCGUUUGCAUGCUGAAGUUCUUUUUUUUCUGAAAGUUAAGCUUUGGUGAAAUGUACUGUGAAUUCUUGUCUAUGUGGCUAGUAAUCCUUAAGCAGGAGCCUGUAUUCAUGAGGGCUUGCCACGAAGGCCAAAAUUCUAAAUAUGCGUUGAAUAUAAAGAUUUAAUUAACUUAAAAUGUGCAAUAAUGAGGAGCAUUCUUUUAUACUUGGUUUUGUUAUAAAUARGUGAAGUUGUUAAGAUACGCCGCGCGCGCAAYGGUUUUGGCGGGAAACACUYAAAUGGCUUUUUUCCUCAAAGAACCAAUCAAAAUCGAAGUAGACACGUCACAGCUUUAAUGAUGAAUGACUCAGCAUGUCUGUCAUGUAUAAUUCUAAGCAUUCAAAUGCCUUGAUACAAUUUUGUACAUAAUAAAAUAAGAUUCGUUCAAA